AUGGCGCAACUUCUGCGCCUUAAGAUGGAAGACCGUGAGGUAGCCCGUGCAGAGCGCCAAGCUAACCUUGCUACCCUUCAGCACCUCACUCAGCUUGCUACCGGAAAUGCCAACAACAAUAAUGGCGGGAACGGGAAUGGAGACCCCCGCUCUAAGCUGAAAGAUUUCCAGAGCACCAAACCUCCUGUUUUCUCCAAGUGCACUGAACCCCUCGACACCGAUGAUUGGCUUCGCACUAUUGAGAACAACCUGGAGGUCGCCGGAGUCGGCAACGAUGAGAAGGUGUUGUUCGCCACUCACUUUCUUUCCAGACCUGCACGCGCUUGGUGGGAAAAUGUCAAGGCUAUUCAAGUUGAAGGACACGUCAUCAACUGGGAAGAAUUCAAGGCCAAGUUCCGCAAGACCCACAUUCCAUCUGGACUGAUCAGGCUCAUGAAGGACAAGUUCAUGAAUCUGAGGCAAGGAAGCAUGUCUAGUAUCUUGGUGGCUGUUCCAUACCCAGACCUUGAGUCACUGGUAGAUGCCUCUAUAAUGGUUGAGAGCAAGCGCAAGAAUGCGUUUGAGAACCGCAAGCGCAAGGCGAUGCUGCAGCAAGGCAGCUCCAGCACUCAGCGACCCCGUAGUUUCCCUCCACCAAGGUCGUCGCCCCAGCAGCAGAAGGCACCACCCCCUGCACCUUGCCCCAACAACCCCAAUCGCAACUACAACCCUCAGCAUUCUGGAGGAAGCAACUUCAACCCCAACUACAACCGCCAGAACAACACUGUCAGCAUCCCCACCAAUGGAUGCUAUACCUGCGGACAGCCGGGUCAUUUCUCCAAGGAGUGUCCCAACAGGGUGAACACUGCACAGCGCCCCAAUGCGCCCAAGCCAAAUCAGGGACAAGCUCGCACUGCUGCCGGAAGGAACCAGAACCAAAAGAAGUCAGCAGGACCAUCCAGAGGUCACCUGAACCAUGUCAAUGCUGAAGAAGCACAGGAAGCUCUGGAUAUUGUUUUGGGUACGUUCCCUGUCAACUCAGUACCCUCCACUGUCUUGUUUGAUUCCGGAGCAUCGCACUCGUUUGUCACUAAGCCGUUCGCUAGAAAGAGUGGGUUCAAACCUACCAUCAUGCAACGGCCUAUGUUAGUCCAAAUUCCGGGAGCCUCCACCAAAACGGAUCUACCCUGCAAGGAUGUUCCCAUAGAUAUUCAGGGAAAGCGUUUUCACACGGAUCUGAUCGUAUUAGGAGAGCAAGGCUUAGAAGUUAUCCUCGGGAUGAAUUGGAUGGUGAAGUAUAAGGGUCACAUCGACUGUGUUCGCCGAGCCAUAACCCUGACUGCUGAGGAUGGUGAAGUAGUUGAGCAUGUGGUGACCAUGCCUUCAUCGAAGGCCUUAUGCAAGAAGAGUGUCGUCAGUCCAGCCCUGCAUGAAGUAGCAUAG